AUGGAGGCAGUACUCGUCCCGUUCGUCUUCGUUUUCAUAGCCUUAAUAUUGCAAGCUGGGGAAGUAAAGAGCAACGCGGAAGAAGAGGCUUUGACCAGUCUCAGAAACAGCCUUGCUGACCCAAAUAAUGUUCUUGCCAGUUGGGAUCCAACUCUCGUAACUCCAUGCACUUGGUUUCACAUUACUUGCAACUCGGACAAUCGCGUCGUUCGACUGGACUUAGGGUUUGAGGGUUUAUCAGGGCAAUUACCAACCGGUCUAGCCGCAUUGGACCAACUGCAAUAUCUGAGUUUAUACGAGAACAAGAUUGAAGGGACUAUCCCAGCAGAUAUUGGUAACCUGACGAAUCUUAUGGCCCUGGAUUUGAGGGCCAAUUCAAUUUCAGGCACAAUCCCUCCAUCUUUGGAGCAGAACUUACAGUCACUAACAUUUUUAGGGCUCGAGGAUAAUCGAUUAACUGGGCAGGUUCCGCACGAGCUUGGCAACAUUCCAAAUCUUAAAUUUUUGAACAUUUCGAACAAUAACUUAUGUGGAUUCCUUCCUAUUGAACUUUUAUGCGUUCCAACGCUCGAUUGGUCCAACAAUCCUGGAAUUGGGAAAGCUUGCCCAUGA